ACACUGUUUUUCCAGUUUCUUUUGAGCUUAACAGAUGAUUGUAAAAAACUGAAAUAACUAAAAGCAUUUUCCUGCCGAAAUAUUUAGUUAUGGAUUGGUACAUUGGCAAGGAAUGGAACGACACAGCGCGUGGUCUGCAAAAGAAGGUACUAAGUUUGGAAUUCCAAAGAGUUGAGAAGCCGCUUUUGAUAAGCACUGUCGAAUUCACCGUAAAAAAGCCCUGCCUGAACUUGGGCACCAGACCUAGCAAAUAUUUGGCAUCUAAUGAGACACAACACACAUUGGAGAUGGGUACCGCUGAUAGCCCCAUUGAUUGCUAUAUAGAGAUAUUGUUACAACAGUUCGUUCUCGGCGAAACCUCGGCUUGUAGCAUCAUCACCAAAACUGGUGAGCGAUUGCAGUUCGAGCUAAAGCUAGAUCGAAUUGUUAGCAAUAUUCAAAUUGACAAGUUAAGCGCAGGGGAAAUUUAUAAUCUGUCAUUAAAAUACAAAGAGAAAGGUGUGACUAUGUAUAAGGCACAUCCCAGGUUUGCCUGUGACUAUUUCUCACGAGCAGCUAAAUUAUUAAUUACAUACAAACCAUUCGACAAACUGGAUGAGGAGAAAAAUGGUAUCGAUAACCAUGCGUUGGAGUUGCUGUUCGUGCAGAUACAAACAAAUUUGGCUGCCUGUAUGCUACUAGAGAAGCGUUACGAACACGUCAUAUACCACACACAAUUUGUGGAAACACAGGAGCAACCCAGCGAGAAGAGCAUCUAUCGACGCGCAUUGGCAUACUAUUACCUGAAGGAAUUCGAAAAGGCGCAAAAGUUGAUCGAGCGUGUGCCCCAGUACGAAGAGAAACGUGAAUUCAGUAAAUUGCGAGACAAUAUAGCAACAAGCUGGAAGAGCAGCAAUGCCAACUACAAACAGCUUGUGCAGCGAAUGUUUAGCUAAAUACAGAUACGACGUAUAGCAAUAAAAAAUCAUUAUUUAUAACUUA